CCAAAGCCAAUUCACCUUUCUUCUUCCUUGUGUGGCAAGAAGUUUGAUUGCCAAAUGUCCAUAGUUUUCUCCUCCUCCAUGACUUGUACCUAAACCACUAUAAAUAGACUUCUAAACUCCAUUUUUAUACAAGCUUAAAACUCAAUUAAUAUCUCUGGUGAUAUUUCUAAGUUUAAUUUUCUUCCCCUCUAUUUUUACUUGUUUAAUUCAAAGAAAACCAUUAAAGAUUACCCAUUUUCUCUCUCCUCCUUCACAACCACCGCGGAACCGCAGCUACCGCCACCGCCGCCACUACUUUCUGCCGGCGACUCAAUCCUUCGACUCAGAUCACCCCCCUGAACCCGAAGCCACCUCCUAUCGUCGCCGGAAAUCCACGGCCCUAUUGUUGCGUGAGCCAUGCUUCCUUGUUCUUUCAUUUAUUUCACUGCUACUGCCUAUUACUUAAUUGAUCUUUUCAAAUAAAUCCAAAAAGGGAUUGUUACUUGUUAGUGGGCCUUGAGUCGUGAGAAAUAAAGUUGGCAUUUUCUUGGUCAAAAGUAACGAAAUAUGGGAGUAAGUUUUAUGAAUUCAAGUGGUUCAUUUAAUUAUGGAAUCUUAUUUUCUUAAGCAAAUAAUUAAUUGUAAUUGUUGUCUUAUAUUGAGGUUGUCACUAAUGAAGAAUUAUUCGGAGGAUUAAUAAGAGAUGCCGAGUUAAGAUAAUUAAUGAUAAGCGGCCGAGGUACGUUUAAGGAGCUCAAGUUGCUCAAAGAAGAGUUAUUACUGGAGUUGGUAUUUUAUUAUGGAGAUACGAUAUCGAGCUGAGAGAUAUUUAUUAUGGAAAUUCGGUUAUUGAGGUCCCAGGAUUAAUUAAGCCUAAUUCCGCUGCUAAUGAAGAGCUAAGUGCGGUUUAUUAACUCUAAUUAAGGAGCCGAAAAGUCGGGGCGUUACAAUCAGUAUCACUCCCUUCGAGUUUGCUAUGAUUAUCGGCCUCCGUUUUCUGAGAUGGAGGUCGCUUUUCACUCCAACUUCACACGGAGGUCCGUUGGUGUUAGGGACUUGAUGGGCCUUGUCGUAGAUCUGAUCACUGAUAGCGACACCGUUUCUUCGGUGGAAGUGAUAUUGAUGGGCAUUGACAUGGCCGGUACCACGACGGAGUAGAAGGUUUGACUCUUCCUUUUGGUGCUCAUAUGCCGGAUGAUUAUCCUGCGCAGGAAUAGCCGCAUGCUGCGCGGUACUUGGGGCCUUUGAGGGACUUGCAGGCUGUUUUGGUGCUCAGCUGGGGUAGCUUGGCACAUAGCCACCUUUUGUAUGAGCAGAAUAAUACUUCGAGGACUACCUUGGAGUGCUUAGGUUGCAUAGUCUCCCUGUGGAGAGUGCUGGAGAUUUGGGCGUAUGAGCAUUUUUGUGGCUUGGCGCCUGCUCGACCUAGAUUUGCGGCUUACCCGUUUGCUGGCUCUAAGGAGGGAGCAUAGCGUAUUGGUACAACCAUAGCAGUCUUUCGCAGAGCCUUGCGGGUCACGCUUUUGAGGAGGUGCGCUGACGCCCUUUUUCAGAUGUGCCCAUACCCGCCUCGGCUAUCCGAGCCUAAUUCCUGUUUGAACGGCGAUACUGAUUCCGGGGGUUUAUCCCCCCUUGUGGUAUCUGAGUGAGCGAGUGACUCUCCAGCAUAGUACUGCAGAUCGGCUUGUUCCUCUUGACCCUCCAGAGUCCAUGAUGUUGAGGGCCACCGCAGUUAUUCGAGCCUACAUGGAUGUUGUGGAGGCGGGUGGCGAAUCCCCGUGUCUCCCAUGGAGGAACUUUGUAAACAGGGCAGCUAGCUACAGAGAUUUCCUGUCGACGCCUGCUCCGGCAGUUCAUUUCGUGCCAUCGGUAAACUUUGAACUUGAAUCUUGUAUUCUUGUAUUCUAUUUCUUGUAUGACUUGAAUCUUUUAUGUGUGUUUUCAUGCGAGGAGGCCGACCCGGAGGAUCACCCCUAUGCUGACAGGGUCCUCCGUUACGUGGACUUAGAUGGGGAGCAUGUAGAGUUUUAUGUUUCGAUGGCCCCUCCCUCAAAGAGGAUGGUAGUCAAUGCCCUUCCUGAGCACUACGCAGUUGCGCCUCGGAAGAGAGUGCAUCGCUGGAUGGUUGUAAUUGACUCCUUGAAGAAGCAUUGUGUCAAGAUGACCAGGAAGCUCGUUGGUCGAGACCGAGCUAGCGCCGAAUGGACCGUAGAGUCCGAGGAUAGAGCUCCUCAGACCGGUGUUUCGGCGGAGCAGACUGGGCGGGACUUGGGUCUGGACCCUAGCUCUAGUGCUAAGACUUUUCGAAGGCGCUCAUAUGUUGAUCCGAAGGAUGUUCCCUCUUCUUCUGCCUAGGUUGGCAGGUAUUCAUACUCUUUUGUAGAUACGAGUAGUCAGCCGCCUCGGGGACCUCUUACGGUUAGCUAUGGAGGUAUGGGUGGAUCCCCAUCUUUGAGUGACGGCUAUAUGAUGCCGACCAUGGCUCAGUGGAAGGAGUAUGAGAGGAUGCGCUUGUUCGAGGAGAUGGAGAUGCGGCGCCGAGGUGCUGCGGCCCAACAGUCCUAUCAGUUCUUUUCUCGUCAGCAUGGACCUCAACAGUUUCCUAGUACACUUUGUAUUUCGGAGCAGGAUCCAACUACCCCGGGGACAGAGUUUGACCGAGAUUUAGAGCGGUAUAUGAGCAAGAACAGGGGCAAGGGACCCGCUGAGACUGUGGUUGAUGAUGAUUCGGACUGAUCCUGCACGGUAGCGAGAUCUAGCAUUGCCUUGGGAUAAGUUGUUUUGUAUGUGGGAUAUUUGUACGGAUAUUUGUAUUUUUGAACUUGUAUGGACAUUUGUAGGUUUGUACUUGAAUUUUGCAUUUGUAUGGUUUUGAAAUUUGGAUUUUGUAUUUGUAUGUUUGAAUUUUGUAUGGUUUUGAAAUU